AUGCAGACUGCUUCUACAAACAUUUGUGAAAGACUGUGCAAUAAAUCCAUCCGUGAAAUUUCCUUGCUACUAAAUAUUCUACGGUCAACUGUUAGUGAUAUUAUAACAAAGUGGAAGCAACUGGGAACAACGGCAACUCAGCCACCAAAUGGUAGGCGACAUAAAAUGACAGAACAGGGUUAGCACAUGCUGAAGUGUGCAGAAGUGACCAACUGUCUGCAGAGUCAAUAGGUAAAGGUCUCCAAACUUUGUGUGACCUUCAGAUUAGCACCACAACAGUGCGUAGAAAGCUUCAUGGAAGAGAUUUCCAUGGCCGAGCAGCUGCAUCCAAGCCUUACAUCAACGAGUGCAAUGCAAAUGCAAAGCAUUGGAUGCAGUGGUGUAAAGCACACCACCACUGGACUGUAG